UUAUUCCAAACAAAGGAGCACGCAGCCACAAACAACGAUCAGAUAGAUUCUUUUUCACAGCGUAGUUUCCUUUCUUUUCCAACCAGCUUUCCUCCCUUCCAUAUGACCGGGUGCUAAUAAACGGUCUGUUAAAAAGAGCUUUAAUUAUUCAUCGCCUGUACUGCAAUUGUACACCCAUAUUUUUUCGUUGGGGUUUUCAAAGCUGAACAAGACGAAUCAAAGCCGAAUAAUUUUUUUCUAUACGAUACGAUUCACCGCGAUUUCUCAGCCGCCACAAAUCCGCUGUCUAUAUGGACAUAUGGAAAAUCUUUUCGACACAGUCAAGUUUAAAGUUACUUCCAACCUAGCAUUCAAUUGUACUCAUGGAAGAGUGUAAUGGUUUACAAACAUGAUGGAGAAGCUGCCUACAAAUUGUGAAGAGAUGCCAUUCUCCGAGAUCCUUUUGACUGGCUAACAGGCACACCAUUAUUUUGAUGCAAACAGGUCAAAACCGUGCAACUCGGACAUUCAUGGAUUUUGAUUCAGUCAGUCUAGCUAUGGAUGGUAUAUGUGGAUUAUAUGAACGGAAAUUGAAGGAAUUGAACCCUGCUAUACAGAACAUUACAUAUGAUAUCGAAGAUAUCUACAGCUUCAUCGAUGGUUUAGCAGAUCUGAGUGCACUUGUGUUGGAUCACUCACUACAUGCUUAUCUGCCAAAUGAUCGAAAGUGGAUAAAACAGCAGCUUUUGAAGCACUUGAAGAAACUUGCUGUCAGUGAUUGGAAUAGCAGUAGAGUCAACGACUGGAAUAAGUGGUAAAUUGAAUAUGUACAAAGAUAAGGUUCCAUAUGACUAAGAGAGUUGAGUUAGUAUCUAGUUAAUUGUAAUCUUAUUGGGGGAGUGUCAUGAAAUUCAUUUACACUAGAGUUUCACAUCCUUCAACUCUAGCCUUAUUUCGGCAGUGUUCCGAGAUGUGUUCAGAUUUUGCUAGGUAUUCUUCAGUAUCAAAAUUGCAGGCUCUGUAGUUAGUGUGUAUGCUUGACGUGAUAGCUAGUGUGCCUCUGUAUGUAAACUAAUAAUUAGCUAUUUGAGCUGAACCAAAUCCUUAAUGUGAUGGAACAUUGAAAUUAUAUAUUCAAACAUUUGAAAAACAACAUAAUCACGAGUAAAUACAAAGGUAGGCUCUCCAAAAUUUGUUAA